AUGACACCAGAACCUGUAAAAGUACUUGGGUACAAGGCAUUUGACGAUGGGGAAGGAGGCGACGAUAUGGAAGAUGGACCUGAGUGUAAGUGGCAAAUGAUGCAGACUAAGUUGAAAACUGCUUUACAGACUGCAUUAAGCAGUUACGUAGAUCUGAAGAAGGAUAUUGAUAACAUUGCAAAAGCCUGGUGUAAUGUAAUUAAUGAAGCACAGGACCAAAGUGGAGGGAAGAAGAAAGUGGGUGGUGAACUAUAUUAUUUAUUCUAUUAUUGGUUAGGGGAUAAAAUAUGGAACACGGAAAGCACAAAAGCUUUCUUCCUCACAGUUAUGAAUGAAAUUUGGAAUGCACUGAAGGGGGUGUUGACUGAGAGUUAUGAAUAUGGACCUAUAUGCACGAAGGAUGUUGACCAAAUUAAGUUCAAUGAAAUGAAACUAGCAUAUGAAUAUUAUAUGGACCAUAAAAAAAUAGAAACUCAAUUAAAGGAUGCUGAGAGUGUGGCUUAUCCUUGUACCCUUCAGUACAAUGAACACCUGAAAAAGACUUAUUCAGACUAUAAUAAAGUGUAUACAAGUCUAUAUAGUGAGCAAAGUAGUGGUAAUGGCUAUUGUGCCGAAUUUCAAGAAAUGUUCAAACACUACGAUAACGAAAAUCCUCAAGAAUUAAAAUGUAAGGCAAUAUAUAGCGAAAAAUCGACAGCCGAUAUAGGUACCAUUGCAGCCAUUUCUUCCAUAGUAGGAAUAGGAGCAUUACCAACAAUCACCUACGUUCUUUAUAAAAUAACUCUACCAUCUAUAAUGGUGGUAGAUCACCUAGGAAGACAAAUAAUGGAAGAGGAAGGGGACAUGAACAACGACAACAACAACAGAGAAGAAAUAAUAUAG